AUAAACUUAAACUUAUUUUGAGUUUAACAAUAAAGAUUCGUUUUUUUCAACAAUACUAACGAAAUUUCUUCAAUUCAACGCUCAUCGUCUUAUAAAUGGACCAAAAUGUUUGAAAUUAUACAUUAAACAGUUAUUAUAAUUAUUGAAUUGAUUCGAAGCAAUUCCGGGAACAGGGGACGAUCCGUCCGCCGGUGGCUAGACCGGAGAAAAGGGAAAACGGGCGUCCGCCGUGAGUGCAACCUGGAGGAUGGGCCCUCGACCGCCAAGCUCAAGCGGAUCUCACCAGUUCCCAGCACCAGCACCCCCAACCCCGCCUCUUCAUCAAAGCGAUGCAGAUGAAGGUGAUGAGAAUGUGAAGCAGCUCAACGAGUGCUCUGCUCUUUACUUAUCCUUGCAGGAUUGUCUUGUCAAAACAAAUAGGAAUUGGAAAUCUUGCCAGGCGGAAGUUCAAGCUUUGAAGGCAUGCAAUGAGAGGAGAAAGAAUGAAGAAAGGAAGUUCUCCCAAUGGACAAGAAAUUAAGGCAUUAUGUAGAUUGUUCAUCUGAGAUUACAGCUUCUUACAGAUUCUAUGACAAGUUGAUUCUGUGAAACAAUUUAAGUGCUAAAUGAAAAGGGUGUAUAAAAUGAUGCAUCUCUUCAUGCUAUGAAUUUUUCAAGCAUUGUUGAUUAUUUGUCAACAAUUUUUUCUGUGAUGAUAUAUGACAAUUAUAUACCCUUAUUUCCUCAGAA